AUGAUUCAUCACUUGUCGCCCGACUCAAUUAUCAACGUCGCGGAUUUCACAAGCUGGAAACGACUCAACAAUGUGGUUGCCUACGUUCAUCGCUUCAUCGAAAACUGCCGAAGACGGAGAACCAAACAGUCCAUCGAAAGUGGCCCAUUGUCCAGAGAAGAACUCUACGCUUCCGAAGGUUUCCUGUUCCGUCUAGCUCAACGGGAAGGUUAUAACGAAGAGGUAGUCCUUCUGACCGCCAACUGCAAGAAUACAUCAGAUAAUGUCCUUCCUAAAAGCAGCCGAUUAUACAAGCUGUUGCCCAGAUUGGACGAGCGUGGAGUGAUGCGAAUGCGCAGUAGAAUAGCUGCCUGUCAAUACGCCACCGAAGACGCGAAAAGUCCGGUGAUUCUUCCAAACGACCACCCUGUGACCAUUCUGCUGAUUAACCACUACCACCAAAAAUUUCAUCAUCAAAAUCAUGCUGCCGUUGUGAACGAGAUGCGUCAAAGAUUCGUGAUCUCUCGCCUUCGCGUUCGGUAUGAAACCGUCAGAAAAAACUGCCAGCGCUGCAAAAACGAGUCUACUGUCCCUCGAUCCCCGAUCAUGGCGGACCUCCCAGCAGAGCGGUUAGCUGCCUAUACACGACCGUUUACGCACAUCGGCGUCGACUACUUCGGUCCCAUGGAAGUCGUAAUUGGAAGAAGAACAGAGAAAAGAUGGGGAAUGAUCGCCACAUGUCUUACGACACGAGCAAUUCAUAUCGAGUUGGUAAACUCGCUAAGCACCAAUUCGUGCAUAAUCGCAUUACGAAACUUCUUGAGUCGACGGGGAACACCAAGAACUAUUCGAAGCGACCGGGGAACAAACUUCAUUGGCGCCAGCCGAGAGCUUAAAAGGCUCCGGGAAAUCAUCGACUAUGACCAGGUCGCCAAAGAAUUUGUUACGGCAGAGACAAGCUGGCAUUUCAACCCACCCUUGGCUCCACACAUGGGUGGUAGUUGGGAGCGAUUGAUCCAGAGUGUGAAGAAAAACUUAUUGGUCAUCUGUCCCUCGAAGAAGCCAACUGAAGAAGUUCUGCGGAGCUGUCUAAUUGAAAUUGAAGGCACGUUGAACUCCCGGCCACUCACUCACGUGCCCAUUGAUAACGAAUCAUCAACCGCACUCACACCCAACCACUUCCUUUUGGGGUCAUCCGAUGGCUCGAAACCCUUCACGUCAUUGGACGACAGUGGUGCCCUUCUUAAGCAAAGCUGGCGUACAUCCCAGGCGCUGGCCAACCAAUUUUGGAAACGCUGGCUGUCUGACUAUCUCCCUGAAAUUACGAGACGAACAAAAUGGUACGCCGACGAGAAGCCAAUUUCUGUGGACGACAUCGUGGUCAUCGUAGACCCAAACCUCCCGAGAAACAGUUGGCCAAGAGGUAGGGUCAUUGCUACUCAUCCAAGCAAAGAUGGACGGAUCCGGUCAGCUACGGUAAAGACAUCAACUGGCGAUUACGAUCGACCUGUAACCAAACUGGCGGUUCUGGAAGUUCGAUGCGGAGAAGAGUAA